AUGGCUCGCGAUAACAUGACGCUGAGGAAAGCUGGAAUAGCCAAAGGUGGAAAAGUUAUGCUUGUUGGUUCCAAAAUGGAUGAUAUACUAGCUGUUAAAAGUGCACCAAAGGAAAUAGUUGAAGAAAAGUCAAAUAGUCAAACAAAUAAAGAACCACUUUGCAUGCAGAAAAAUCACAGAAAGGUCCUUGAUAAAGGCAUUCCACCAGAUGUCAUGCCAGGCAUAAAAGGCAUCAAGGAACCUUUACCUCCAAUACCACUUAGUGGAAUGUUAAAUAAGCAUGGCGGUAAAGUAAGGCUGACAUUUAAACCAGAACAAGACCAGCUUUGGGUGGGAACAAAAGAACGCACAGAGAAACUUGCCAUGACUUCUAUUAAAAGUAUAACAUCAGAACCGAUCAAAGAUCAUGAAGAAUAUCAUAUUAUGGGCCUACAGUUAGGGACCACAGAAGCUUCAAGGUAUUGGGUGUACUGGGUUCCAGCUCAAUAUGUUGAAGCCAUUAAGGAUGCUGUGCUUGGUGUUUGGCAGUUUUUC